AUGCGGGCUACUGCUAUACCAAAUAUGGAAAUAUUGUUACGUCUGGUGGCUGAAUCCCCAUCUGGAAAUACUUACGGCCACGAAAAGAAAAGACGCCACAACAGAAGCCCCCGCUUCUCCUCCCCAGCCCCGCGCCUCCGACGGGGAAACACGGUUCGAGGCGGCGGGGGGUGUCUCCGCUCCGUUGCCGGCGCUCAUCGGCCGCCGCUCUGCUCCGCUCCGCAGGCUCUGGGCUCGCCGUGCCCCGCCGUCUGCCAGUGCCCGGCGGCCGUGCCGCAGUGCGCCCCGGGCGUGGGGCUGGUGCCGGACGGCUGCGGCUGCUGCAAGGUCUGCGCCAAGCAGCUGAACGAGGACUGCAGCCGGGUGCACCCCUGCGACCACACCAAGGGGCUGGAGUGCAACUUCGGCGCCAGCCCCGCCGCCCUGAAGGGCAUCUGCAGAGCACAGUCCGAGGGGAGACCGUGCGAAUACAACUCCAAAAUCUACCAGAACGGCGAAAGCUUCCAGCCGAACUGUAAACACCAGUGUACGUGCAUAGAUGGAGCUGUGGGCUGCAUCCCGCUCUGCCCGCAAGAGCUCUCUCUCCCUAACCUGGGCUGCCCCAGCCCCAGGCUGGUCAAAGUCCCCGGGCAGUGCUGUGAAGAGUGGGUCUGCGAUGAAAGCAAGGAUGCGCUGGAUGAGCUGGAGGGCUUCUUCAGCAAAGAGUUUGGUCUGGAUGAUGCUGAAGGCGAGCUAACCCGGAACAACGAGCUAAUUGCCAUUGUGAAAGGAGGCCUGAAAAUGCUACCUGUUUUUGGAUCUGAGCCACAAAGCCGAGCUUUUGAGAAUCCCAAAUGCAUUGUGCAAACAACCUCCUGGUCCCAGUGCUCAAAAACGUGUGGAACUGGCAUCUCCACCAGGGUUACCAACGACAAUCCUGACUGCAAGCUCAUCAAAGAGACCAGGAUAUGUGAAGUGAGGCCAUGUGGCCAGCCUAGCUAUGCCUCCCUAAAGAAGGGAAAAAAAUGUACGAAGACUAAGAAGUCCCCAUCCCCAGUAAAAUUUACUUACGCCGGAUGUUCCAGCGUGAAGAAGUACCGCCCCAAGUACUGUGGCUCCUGCGUGGACGGCAGAUGCUGUACACCUCAGCAGACCAGGACUGUCAAGAUCAGGUUCCGUUGCGAUGAUGGGGAAACCUUCACCAAGAGCGUCAUGAUGAUCCAGUCCUGCCGAUGCAACUACAACUGUCCGCACGCGAAUGAGGCUUAUCCCUACUACAGACUGGUCAAUGACAUCCACAAAUUUAGGGACUAAGUUGUGUUGGGGGUGGGAUGCUGAACAGAAUUUUGAAGUAACCAGCGACGGAGAAAGGACCUUUGAUGGAAAUGGUGCCUUGCCCAUUUGCGGGCAACUUUGAGAUGAGUGCACUGUGCAACUGGACACUAAUGCAACAGAGAUUUAAGCAUACUUAAAGCUUCAUAGUACUGGAGCAAUGUUACUGCUUCUUUUUGGAGCACCUUACCUAAUUAUAUACUGUUUUCUGUUUGUAAGUGAUCAGAUAAAUGUUUUGUUCCGGUUAUGAAAACUGUUUUUUCUAUCCUGUUCAAUUUAACACUAUGCUUCUCCCCCUCCCUCCAUCUUCUCCCACCUUUUCCCAACCAUGUUGGAAGUUACAUUCCUUCCUGAGGUGGGCACUUGUGGGGUGUUCACAGUGGCAGCUAUUAUGUACCAACUGUAGUUUAAUGGCAAACAGAAAUCAGUUGUUUUAAAGCUGAGUAUUUUAUUUAUCAAACUGUAGCUUUUUUGGUUUUCUUUGUGUUUUGUUUUGUUUUUUUUUUUUUUUUACCCCUUCCAGCCCCUGUAAUACUGGAAUAAGUUGUAAAUGAUUUUAAUUUUAUAUUCAAUGAAUUAAAAGAAUUUAUUUAUGGAAUUAAUCAUUUAAUAAAGAAAUA